CGCUACUCGCAAGACGUGGUGCAGAGCACGAUAACCAGAGAGCAGACGCAGCAAAUGAUGGACGAUUUUGUCGACAGGCAAUGGGUAGAGAUCAACAGCAACAACCGCGAGGAGUUUUUAAUUCCAGCGGCCGGGCGUGAGACCACGUGUGCGCGCGCCGACGCGAAGGAAACGAACCGCGGGAUGCAAAUUCAACUGGACAUCGUGCACAAUGAUAGGAACGCGUUGGAGCGGUCUACUAAUACCCGUAGCACAACAGCUGCGGGUGCCGACACAAAGCCGGUCAAUAGCGUGCUGUAUGCAGGGCUUGAAGAGCGCGUUGAGAACAUUCGUGACCAUAUGAAUGUCAGAUUUGUGCCAGAGUCGGCUGGCAUCCAUAGGCGAGUGUGUGCUCUGGAGGACCGGAUUAUGAUGCUGGAAAGGGAGUUUCCGCCAUGGGCGGCUGAGAACUUCAACCAGCCCGGAAGGAGACAUACGCAACCGCCGCCAGUGACU